CUCCUCACUACUGCAGUUCGUUAACACACUGAAUCAAGCGGAGCGCUGUAACCGCGACAUACGGCGUGAUGACGGAGCGCAGAGCAGCCGGGCGGUGAAACACCGACCAAACGCCGGAGUGUGAUGAAGCGCGAGGCUGUUUAACAAGCCGUGACAUGUCAGGAGCGCAUUUUCAUCUCCGGAAGCCGAGAGCGUUUCUCCCUGUGCUCGGGUGCUGAUGAUGGUAGCGCAACCUGCGUGAUUUCCUGCUGGAACUUCCCAAUUUUGCUUCCUUUUAGCUGAGAUUCAGCCCAACCGACAGAAUGAUUGAGGAGGCCAGCAAGAGCAGCAAGGUCACAGUGGAGAAGAGACAGCUCUUCAUGGAAAUGAGAGCCCAGAACUUUGAUGUUAUCCGUCUCUCAACAUAUAGGACAGCAUGCAAGCUACGAUUUGUUCAGAAAAGAUGCAAUCUUCACCUGGUAGAUGUGUGGAACAUGAUCGAGGCGUUUCGUGACAAUGGGCUCAGUACUCUGGACCACAACGCAGAGAUCAACGUGUCACGGUUGGAGACCAUCCUCUCUUCCAUCUUUUACCAGCUGAACAAGCGCCUGCCUACCACCCACCAGAUCAAUGUGGAGCAGUCCAUUGGCCUGCUGCUCAACUUCAUGGUGGCCACCUACGACAGCGAAGGCCACGGGAAGCUCACAGUUUUUGCCAUGAAGUCAAUGCUGGCAACCAUGUGUGGAGGGAAAAUUGUCGAUAAAUUACGUUAUAUUUUUUCUCAGAUAUCAGACUCCAGUGGGAUGAUGGUGUUUGCUAAGUUUGACCAGUUUCUCCGUGAGGUCCUGAAGCUGCCUACGGCUGUGUUUGAGGGUCCUUCGUUUGGUUACACAGAGCACUCAGUGAGAACAUGUUUCCCUCAGCAGAAGAAGAUAUUGUUGAACACCUUCCUGGACAUCAUGAUGGCUGAUCCUCCCCCGCAGUGCCUCGUUUGGCUACCUCUCAUGCACCGACUGGCCAAUGUAGAGAACGUCUUCCAUCCGGUGGAAUGCUCCUACUGCCGGAGCGAGAGCAUGAUGGGUUUUCGCUACAGAUGUCAGCAGUGCCACGGCUACCAGCUUUGCCAGAACUGCUUCUGGCGUGGCCAUGCCAACGGUCCCCAUAGCAACCAGCACCAGAUGAAGGAGCACUCCUCAUGGAAAUCCCCAGCCAAGAAGCUGAGCCACGCCAUCAGUAAGUCUCUGGGUUGUGUGCCAAUAGGAGAACCCCCACAUCCCGUGUACCCCGAGGCAGCCGAGAGACCACAGGACCUGGCACACCCUCCCACCACUCUGGAGAGUCCCAGCAGGCUGGAUGAGGAGCACCGUCUUAUUGCUCGCUACGCUGCUCGUCUGGCAGCUGAAGCCAGCAAUUCUACACAAUGCCCUCCAACCGACCUGAGCUUCAACUUUGAUGCCAACAAGCAACAGAGGCAACUCAUCGCUGAGCUAGAGAACAAAAAUAGGGAAAUCCUUCAGGAAAUCCAGAGACUGCGUCUGGAACAUGAGCAGGCCUCUCAGCCCACACCAGAGAAAGCUCAACAGAAUCCCACUCUCCUUGCUGAAUUACGAUUGCUCCGGCACAGAAAAGACGAGCUGGAAAAGCGCAUGUCAGCUCUGCAGGAGAGCAGGCGAGAGUUGAUGGUCCAGUUGGAAGGUCUCAUGAGACUGCUAAAGGAUGAAGAGCAGAAGGGCGCUCAAACAGGGGGCUCACCCCACUCCUCACCCAGCCACAGUGCCAGUUGCACCAUGCCCAUGCCCAUCCGCUCCACCUCCGCUGGCUCCACACCUACUCACACACCACAGGACUGCCUGGCCGGUGUCAGUGAUGAUGUACUGGAUGCCUUCUCUCAGGGUGUACCUAGAAAUCUCCGUAAUGAUCUUUUGGUAGCUGCGGACUCCAUCACGAAUACCAUGUCAUCACUGGUUAAAGAGCUUCACUCAGUUGAUGAUGGUCUGGAAGACGAGGAGGUGAACAUGAGGAACGGAAGGGAAAAAGUUCGACCCAACAAUGCCUGUGUCUGGAAUGUUCCUAUACCGAAGAGUGGAUACAAUUCCUAACCUUAGUCUGUGUUUCGUCCAGUGUCAGCACAGAGGCAUUAUGGGAACAGGCACUCCACCCCCUCAUUCUAAAUGUCUGGACGUGACUGGCAAGAACCAGCGACAGCAAAACCCUUCCUGGCAUUAGCACCUAAAGUAAUGCAUGCUCUUCCCAGCCAGGUUUCACUAUGUGAAAUGAACUUCAUCACAUUUUGCAGAGAGCAAGCUGUAUCUACUAAGGAGAAUCUAAAUAUAUAUAGCGCUAUAUGUCUAUCUGUAUAAACCUGUUGUAAUUAUGUAACAUUAUCAUUCAUGUCUGCAAAGGAAUGGCUUGUUCGUGCUUUGUCACUUCAAAAACUUUACUGAUUUCGGUCUCCAAAACGGUCACACUGUGCAUAGUCGGUGUUAACACUGGGAACAACUCGCUGAUCUCAGCUGCAGCUCUUUCCUAUAGGUGUCCUCCUCAGAUAAACAUUUUGUAGAAUUAGUGAUAAUGAUUUUGUUUGUGUUGUUUGAGUUUUGCAUGAAAUUUAUAAUGGGAGGACCCUCGUCUUUGACUAGCAUGUGGCAUUUAUUUUGACUAAAGUGUAGGAGUCCAUCCUCUCACCUACUCUGAUCAUGUUCAUUAAAACUGCUGCUAGUCCACUCAGCCCAUGAUAGAGCACUAGGUCAGAGCUGUCUUAAAAGUCAGGUUUUUGUCAGGGAAUCUCUGUGAGAAUGCGACUUUUAACCACUUGUUACUGUAUGUUGAUAUUCAGUUCCAGUCAGAAGUUUGGCUACACCUUCUAAUUCAGUGGUUUUUCUUUAUCUUUAUGAAUUAAAAGACACUUCAUGUCUUAAAGUAAUGAUGGAUGUCGUUUCUCUUUACUUAGCUGAGCGGUUCUUGACAUAAUAUGGAUUACUACAUUUGUGGAAUCGGGCUAUUUACUGUAUUUAUUAUUUACUGUUUGAUCUCAAAUGCAUUAAGAAGGCAAGAAAUUGCACCAAUUAACUUUUGACGAGGCACCUGUUAACUGAAAAGCAUUCCAGGCGACGACCUCAUGAAGCUGGUUAAGAUAAUGCCAGUAGUGUGCAAAGCGUCAUCAAGGUAAACAGUGGCUACGCUGAAGAAUCUAAAAUAUGAAACGUAAUUGAAAAAAAACUUUUUUGUUUACCACAUAAUUCCAUAUAUGUUCCCUAUGUCAUGUCAUAGGGCGGCACGGUGGUGUAGUGGUUAGCGCUGUUGCCUCACAGCAAGAAGGUCCUGGGUUCGAGUCCCGUGGCCGGCGAGGGCUUUUGUGUGCGGAGUUUGCAUGUUCUCCCCGUGUCCGCGUGGGUCUCUUCCGGGUGCUCCGGUUUCCCCCACAGUCGAAAGACAUGCAGGUUAGGUUAACUGGUGACUCUAAAUUGACCGUAGGUGUGAAUGGUUGUCUGUGUCUAUGGCCAAGUUUACAUUAGACCGUAUCUGUCUCGUUUUCUUCGCGGAUGCACUGUCCGUUUACAUUAAAACACCUGGAAACGCCGGGAAACGGGAAUCCGCCAGGGUCCACGUAUUCAAUCCAGAUCGUGUCAGCUCCGGUGCUGUGUAAACAUUGAGAAUACGCGGAUACGCUGUGCUGAGCUCUAGCUGGCGUCGUCAUUGGACAACGUCACUGUGACAUCCACCUUCCUGAUUCGCUGGCGUUGGUCAUGUGACGCGACUGCUGAAAAACGGCGCGGACUUCCGCCUUGUAUCACCUUUCAUUAAAGAGUAUAAAAGUAUGAAAAUACUGCAAAUACUGAUGCAAAUACUGCCCAUUGUGUAGUUAUGAUUGUCUUUAGGCUUGCCAUCCUUCCACUUGCAAGUAGUAAGUGAUAUGCGCUGGGAUCACACACACAGCGGCUCAGUCCCGAAUCACAGCUUGUGCACUCCACUCGCGCGCUCUGUGAGCUGCGCAAGGCCGGAGUGCGCACCCUCCAGAGGGCACUCGCUGUUCAGGGCGGAGUGAUUUGGAGCGCAGGAUGCCUGCGGAGCUGAGCGUAUCCGUGUAUUGGUGUUGUUGUGUGCACGCAAAUCGUGUAUUGGCGUUGCUGUGUGCACACUAAUCGUUUUAAAAACGUUAAUCUGAUGAUCCGUUGAUACGGUCUAAUGUAAACAUGGGCUAUGUGUCAGCCCUGUGAUGACCUGGCGACUUGUCCAGGGUGUACCCCGCCUUUCGCCCGUAGUCAGCUGGGAUAGGCUCCAGCUUGCCUGCGACCCUGUAGAACAGGAUAAAGCGGCUACAGAUAAUGAGAUGAGAUGUUAUGUCAUAGUUUUGAUGUAUUCAGUAUCGUUCUACAAUGUAGAAAACAGUCAAAAUACAGAAACGCCUCUGAAUGAAUCGGUGUGUCCAAACUUUUGGCUGGUACUGUAUGUUUUAUUUCCAUCUUUAUAUUGUACAUCCCUCAAAAGCCUUCCAGUUGCUUCUCAGUCAUAAAAAGUCAAAUGUUGGUGCAUUAAAAAUGCAGUCCGUUUAAAAGAACAUAAAAAGAGUUGAAGGGGGGAAAUGUAGUUAUAUAUGUAUACCAGUUUAGGAUGCAUUCUGUUCGAGUACAGAUGUUUUUCUGUUACAGCCACUUCAAAAGCUUUGUGGUCAAUAGUCAUGCUCUAAAGUGAAACUGGUGCUCAGGGACUAGGGAUAGUGGCGAAGAUUGUGAACAAAUGCAUGGCAUUGACUUCAGCCCAAUAAGGUUUGCAGAUCAAAGAUUAGCACAAACCAUAAAACCUUUAUAGAUUGGCCUGGUUGGCCGAUGGUCUUCAACAGAGCUAUUGCAGGAAGUUCCUGCUGGACUUUGUAGAGAGAAGAUGGAAUGUACAGUGGUGAGAUGAAGGAAAUAUUUGAGGAAGGCGC